GCGAUCUUUUCCCCGGACUGGAUGCUGUCUUUUGCGGGGUGAAAGUCUAGGAUGGAUCACUUUAUUCUCUACCCCCAAUGAGGGCCACAACAUCCGCCCCUCUUCGCGGCCUUCUUACCAGGAAUGACUCGAUCUACGACCUUAGCAAGGUAGGAUAUAUUGAGAUGGUACCAUUGGACGGGGUCUGUGUCUGCGACCCGGGAAUGCACGUACAGGGUUUAUUCACCCAGGCCUGCCAUCAUAUAUCUUGCGGGAGAAUAUAAAAGGACAUCGAUGCGACACCAUUAACCGUCCGCAGAUCUUUAGCCAUUAUGAUCAAUUAUCCUACACCUUGAAGGAAUCGCUCUUGUUUUUGUUUUGUUGCAACAAUGGGGUUGUUCCAUUUCCUGCAGACCCGAUCUGGGUUUAAAGUCGACAAUAGAAAGACAACCUCGGCAGCAACCCUCACUUUACGCCAAAGUCUUUGGCCCUUGUGCCUCGUAACUAUUCUCUUCUUUUUAUGGGGGUUCGCCUAUGGACUGCUGGAUACGCUCAAUAAACACUUCCAGAUCACCCUAGGCAUCACUCGGACUCGUUCUGCUGGUCUUCAGGCUGCGUAUUUUGGGGCCUAUCCGCUGGCAUCCUUAGGAUAUGCGAACUAUAUGCUGCGUCAUUUUGGAUACAAGUCUGUGUUCAUUAUGGGAUUGGUCCUCUACGGUAUUGGCGCCCUCUGCAUGUGGCCCGCGGGCCUAAAUCGCUCAUUUGGAGGGUUCUGCGCUGCAACUCUCGUCAUCGGCUCGGGCUUGGGAUCUCUCGAGACAGCAGCCAACCCAUAUCUUGCCGUCUGUGGUCCACCGAAGUAUGCCGAGAUUCGAAUCAAUCUCGCACAAGCUUUCAAUGGAAUCGGAACUUGCGUCGCCCCGGCUUUAGCAUCGUAUGUGUUCUUCACCGAUACCAGUGACGACGUAGAUGCCCUCAAAAGUGUACAAUGGGUGUACCUUGCUAUCGGCAUCUUUGUGUUUAUUCUUGCCGGGGUUUUUUUCGUUUCAAACAUCCCUGAAGUUACAGAUGAGGAUAUGGCGUUCCAGGUUGCCUCCACCCAUGCUGGCGAGCAGGAUAAGCCUUUCUGGAAACAAUACAAACUGUUCCAUGCUACUCUAGCUCAGUUCACCUAUACCGGUGCCCAGGUGGCUAUCGCCGGAUACUUCAUCAACUAUGUGACCGAAACGUGGCCCGGCACCGGGGAUUCCACCGCAUCCAAAUACCUGGCCGGUGCCCAAGGAGGCUUUGCCGUCGGUCGGUUCGCAGGUGCUUUCUUCAUGAGAUAUUUCAAGGCUCGCUGGGUAUUCUUAGUGUAUCUCUCCUGCACUGUGGCGUUCAUAGCAGCGUCAACAACUCAAGGAUACCAGACUGGCCUAGCAAUGCUCUUCCUCACUCUAUUCUUUGAAUCUGUCUGUUUCCCCACAAUCGUCGCACUGGGUAUUCGCGGCCUUGGUCGCCACUACAAACGUGGUUCUGGCUUCAUCGUCGCCGGUGUUAGUGGUGGUGCCGUUGUGGCCCCGAUCCUGGGGCAUGUAGCUGAUAUGCGGAAUAAUACUGGAUUUGCCAUGAUUGUGCCGACAAUGUUCAUGAUCAUUGCGUGGACGUAUGCCGUGGCAGUAAAUUUUGUUCCUGUGUACCGGGAUACGGUCGAUAAGACUGGGGAAAGUGAUGUUGGAGUUCAAGCAGGGGGUGGUGUUUCUAAGGAGGAUGUCGAGGUUGGGACCAUGGGUCAGUCGAAGGAGGUUGCUGUAAGGUGAUUUCGAAAGUUACUUUACUCUUUCUCACUAACAUGGUCUUAUAAUACCAAUGAUAUAUUCCAGAACCUUGAAAGUAGAAUCGCU